ACAUCUUGUGCCGGACUAAUUUAGUGUGAUUUGUAAACUGUGGCCAGGUGAAGCAAGUUAAUAAGAAGACAUUUAGUGUCGGACUAAAUCUGUGUGAUUUGUAAACUGUGGCCAGGUGAAUCAAGUUUAUCAGAAGACAUUUAGUGUCGGACUAAAUCUGUGUGAUUUGUAAACUGUGGCCAGGUCCAACAAGUUUAUCAGAAGACAUUUAGUGUCGGAUUAAAAUUGUGAUUGGUAUACUGUGGUCGGCCAAUGGGAAACAUGCUGUUUUACCGGAAAAGGAAUCGGCAUAUCAUCAUACUGGUCGUGUUACUGUCUUCUAUAUAUGUAAUAUUUCGGUAUCAAAUAUCAUCAACAUCAAAGUUAAUGGAACACUAUAUCAGAGAUCAUUUAGAGCUACCCAAGACAAUUAUUUCAAAUUCAACUACUGGACACGCUUUUCCUUACACACGUUUACCUGUGGAAAUCGACUGCAGAGCUCUGUUUGAUGGGAAGGAGUCAGAACUCCUUAUCGCUGACGCUCAGUAUAACCUAAUCACAAACCAGUACAUCUCUAAUCAUGUUUACAUUAAAGAGACUGUAGAUUGUGCAACAUUCAGAAAGUCACGUGGUUACAUUACCAGUCCUUUAUCAGAGGAAGAAGAACUAUUUUCCAUAGCGUAUUCAUUGGUUGUCUAUGAGGAUGCAAAUCAAGUUGAAAGAUUACUACGCGCAUUAUACCAGCCACAGAACUAUUACUGUAUACAUUUGGACAUAAAAUCUCCACCUGAUUUCCGCCGUGCCAUUUCCGGUAUAGCAAAGUGUUUUGAUAAUGUAUUAAUAUCUUCCAUGUCUGUUUCCGUCCUAAGAAAAUCGUAUACUGUCCUACAGCCUGAUUUGAUAUGUAUGGAAGAUUUGUGGAAAUACAAUGACUGGAAGUAUAUCAUUAACAUUGCUGGCAACGAAUUUCCUCUUCGAACUAAUUUGGAACUUGUGAAUAUUCUAAAGACUUUAAAUGGGUCAAAUCAUGUGGAGGGAAUUUUAAACAAGGCAAACACAGAUAGAUGGAAGGAAGCCGUGCUACCUCCUCAUCACAUCCGCCCUGUAAAAGGAUCAAUGCAUAUACUAGCCACACGAGAAUUCGUGGACUAUGUUCUCCAUAACCAAGUAGCAAAGGAUUUCCUCGACUGGACAAAACAGACCUUAUAUCCCGAGGAAACCUUCUUUUCUUCUCUCAAUUAUAAUCCACACCUUAAUGUGCCGGGUGCUUUUAAAGGUAAUCUAAAGGAGAAGGAUGGCUCCCUAAGGUUCUUCGGACGUUUUGUAAACUGGGUGGAUUGGAUAAAUGGUACUGAUCAGUAUAAAUCCGAAUUCUAUUGCCACGGCAAGUUUAUACACGGACUAUGUGUGUUUGGAGUACGAGAUCUGCCCUUAAUCGUCAGUCGUCCGGAAUUAUUUGUCAACAAAUUUUACAGAUACUUUCAUCCCGUAGUGAUGGACUGUAUGGAGGAACUUUUAUUUAAUCGGACAAGGAACGAUUAUCUCACCAAACAGACAGUCAACACAGAUGUCUAUACUAAGGAAUACGGGUGGAUCGCUAAUACGUGAUACAGUGGUGGUGGACCUGUUGAGAUUACAUGUUAAUCAUUUUGUGUUCGCUAGGUUAGAUUUUUUAUUGAAUAGGAAUACACAGGCUGCCAUUGAAGCUCAUUUUUUUUCUUCUACAAAUGUUACAUAUAAAUAGAAUACCAAAACAAAAUUGAGAGUAAUUGUCAAUUUAUUAAAUGACUAAAAUGUUUAGAACACCACUGGGAAUUUUGAAUAAAAACAAAACAAUUUUUGUUAAAAUCAUCACAUAAUCAUUCACAAUCUCAUUUAUAAAACAGUAAAAAAUAUCUUGAAAAGCGGUGGCGAACCAAAAAAGGCAAUUAUGCUUGGUCUUUUUAUUUUUCCAUUUGCACUAUUCUGCGGGUUUCCUCUGAAUCUUUUGGAGGGGUGAUAUUGAAACUAAACACGGGUAUGCGAGGCAUCAUUCAAGAGUUUUCUAAACAUUUUCUUGUUGUUGGAACGUAUGGUUUAUGCUAGGAUAUUUCAUUAACACAACCGAAUUAUGUUUUUACGUGACGUUUUGGUGACUAUUACACUGCCACUUUCAUCAGAAACACAACGAGGACAGCAAUCAAGAUUGUUUCAAAUUACACUGUACUGAAUUAUGUUUGGAUUACUUUUGUGCGAAUGGAUGGAGCGGAUGUGUAUAGGACAUGGUCUAAGAUGGAGUUAAAAAACAAUAGAAUUUUGCCCUUGAUUUCAUUUCUAUUGUUUAAUGCCCUUAGGGAGAUGGCUUGUGUAGAAAUUAGCCUGUUGCUGAAUAUCAAGUGAAUUCAUUCAAUAGAAUCUUUGUGAAAUGAAAUAUCUUAUCUACAGCAUGGCCAUUCAAGGACAGUCUCCCCUAAGGAUCUAUAUAGAAGGCAUACAGUCUGAUCAACAGAAACGGUGGAAAUAUACCUCAUCAAAACCAUGAACGGCAAUACCAGGAACUCGACCUGUCACAUUAUACUGACAUCGUGUGAACGAGUCGUGACUUUUAUAAACAGCUCAGCUUUAUGGAGGAGUAAAAACUAUCAUUUUAUAGACUCUAGCUUGUCUCCGAGUGUAGAACCCAGAGCUUCCUCAUAUGGGCGAACGCUCAACGUAACGCCAAAGUGAAGUACUCUAUCAAUAAGGAAGAAACAAACCAAAUUAUGCCACCACAUACGAGUCAUGCAAUGAGGACAGCAAUAAGCACGUGCCACUUGUUUAAACAUAUAAACUGUGAUUAUGUCGCAUUAUUUUUGUCGUUAUUUCGUUCUGUCGCUGCGAAAAGACGAUUUUUAGCGAUACGAAAUAAUACAAUAACGAAAUGGCACAUAUCAGCUACCAUAGAUAAAACACAAUUAGAAAUUCGAUUACCUCAUUCCACAUAUGACAUGUUUAAUAAUUAAUUAGUCUUGUCACUGUUGUUGCUGUUUUUAAGAAACACAAAGUGAUAUCAGAUGAACUCGUUUGUUAUUACCACGAUUAUCAUUCAACGGAAAUUUUAAUAUUUACCGUAGUGUUACUCGUGGGGAACAUUAAAAGGUUUUAAUUAGAUUGUAUUUAUAUAAGUGUCAGUCAGUGGCGACAUCUAUAGGGUACACUGUCAUUGAAUAACGUAGGGACAUGAUAGCACUGUUUAUUUUCUCAUUUAGAUGCUGUAGGGCGUACAGUUUGUCGCUGGCACUUUGGGUGUUGAUAAAAUCAUCAUAUAUAUCAUCCAUUUUCAAUACUUAGAGGAUCUAUCAUACAAACACUGAUUAAAUAUCAUUUUAUUGGUAUGUGAAUGAUGUAAAACAUGUUAGGAAUGACAUAGUUUCUAUGUGUAAAGCUACAUCAAUAUAGUCCAAUUGUCAUUGUAUUAUAGUGGCGCCAGACACGGCAGUUACUAUCUAAUUCUGUGAAUAUUUAAUGCUAAAACUAAUUUUCUACGUUUGUAAACUAAUAUACUACUUUGUAUUGGUCAGGGGUGACAGAGUUCUCUAAAUAGUACAUCCCUAUGUGUUAUUAAAACAAACACACAGCAAUAAGAUAAAA